ACGUGGGCGCCGCUUCCGGCCGCCCUCUCACCCCAAGAUGGCGGCGCCCGUGGGGCCGGUGAAGUUUUGGAAGCCGGGCUCAGAGGGUCCUGGUGUCAGUGUCUCAGAGGAGAGGCAGAGCCCUGCUGAGAGCAGCGCUGUCACCGUCAUCUACAACCCUUAUGCUUCCCUCUCCAUUGAACAGCAAAGGCAAAAGCUGCCUGUUUUUAAGCUGAGAAAUCACAUACUUUACCUAGUGGAGAACUACCAGACUCUGGUGAUUAUUGGGGAAACAGGAUGUGGGAAAUCAACACAGAUUCCACAGUACCUGGCAGAAGCUGGCUGGACAGCUGAAGGAAGAGUUGUUGGGGUGACACAGCCUCGUCGGGCUGCUGUUUCAGUUGCAGGCCGAGUUGCUGAUGAAAGAGGUGCAGUGCUGGGACAUGAGGUUGGAUAUUGUAUCCGGUUUGACGACUGCACAGACCCACAGGCUACAAGAAUUAAGUUUCUAACUGAUGGUAUGCGUAGGGAAAUGAUGGCCGAUCCUUUAUUAACAAGAUACAGUGUCCUCAUGCUGGAUGAAGCUCAUGAAAGGACUCUUUAUACAGACAUAGCCAUUGGCUUACUAAAAAAGGUUCAGAAGAAGCGUGGGGAUCUUCGCCUGAUUGUGGCUUCAGCCACUUUGGAUGCAGAGAAAUUCAGGGAUUUCUUUAAUCAAAACGAUACUGGUGACCCCAGCAAAGACACCAGUGUGAUCCUUACUGUCGAGGGGAGGACGUUUCCAGUGGACAUCUUCUACCUCCAGAGCCCUGUUCCUGACUAUGUAAAAUCAACUGUGGAAACCACCAUGAAAAUUCACCAGAUGGAGAAUGAUGGUGAUAUACUGGCAUUUUUAACUGGACAGGAGGAAGUGGAGACUGUGGUUUCCAUGCUCAUAGAACAGGCUCGGGCCCUCGCGCGCACCGGGAUGAAGAAGCACCUCCGUGUUCUCCCCAUGUAUGCUGGGCUGCCUUCUCCUGAGCAGCUGAAGGUCUUUGAGAGAGUCCCUCACACUGUCAGGAAGGUGAUCGUUGCCACCAACAUUGCAGAGACCUCCAUCACAGUGCAGGGCAUCGUGUUUGUGAUCGACUGUGGCUUUGUGAAGCUGCGUGCCUACAACCCCAAGACGGCCAUCGAGUGCCUGGUGGUGGUGCCGGUGUCCAAGGCCUCGGCCAACCAGCGGGCAGGGCGCGCCGGCCGCAACCGCUCCGGGAAGUGCUACCGCCUCUACACAGAGGAGGACUUUGAGAAGCUGCCCAAGUCCACAGUGCCGGAGAUGCAGCGCAGUAACCUGGCCCCUGUCAUCCUGCAGCUCAAGGCUUUGGGCAUUGACAACGUGCUCAGGUUCCCCUUCCUGUCGCCACCCCCUGCACAGUCCAUGGUGCAAGCUUUAGAGUUGCUGUACGCUUUAGGAGGUUGGGAUAUGCACUGCCGAUUAACAGAGCCUCUUGGAAUGAGAAUAGCUGAGUUUCCUUUGAAUCCUAUGUUUGCAAAAGUUGUUUACUCUUCAGGAAAUUUUGGCUGCUCCCAAGAGAUUUUGACAAUUGCUGCCAUGAUGCAGAUUCAAAACAUCUUUGUGAUCCCUCCAAAAUCAAAAAAACCAGGCUGUAAGCAACACAGAAAGUUUGCUGUGGAGGAAGGUGAUCAUCUGACCAUGCUGAAUGUUUAUGAAGCCUUUGUCAAACACAGCAAGAGCUCCCAGUGGUGUCAGGAACACUUUCUGAACUACAAAGGGCUUGUGAGAGCUUCUGUUGUGAGAGAGCAGCUGAAAAAAACUUCUCGUCCGUUUAAAGUGCCAAAGAAGUCCAGUGAAGGUGAUCCAGAUCCUGUUUUUGAGGUGCAUAGUUUCUGGAUUCUUGCUAACGCUGCUAAAUUCCACUCCACAGGAGCUUACAGGACUAUCCGUGAUGACCAUGAGCUUCAUAUCCACCCCAGCUCAGUGCUGUAUGCAGAGAAACCUCCACGCUGGGUAGUGUACAAUGAAGUCAUACAGACUGCUAAAUACUACAUGAGAGAUGUGACAGCUGUUGAAUCCUCCUGGCUGUUGGAGCUGGCACCUCACUUCUACCAGCAAGGAACGCAUCUUUCCUUGAAAGCAAAAAGGGCUAAAGUAGAUGACCACUGACAUGACUUCAGUAGUUGUGACAUCAGAAGCAGAACCUACCAGUGAUUUCAAGCUGGCUACAGUCCAUUCAGCAGUCAGUUCAUUAGCAAUUUGAUCUUCCAUCAACCUAAAUGUUUAAAUGCCUGCCAGGAUCUGUAGGGGUUUAUGCAUGACCAGUACAUUGUAAACCUAGAGCUUGCAUUGUGGACAUUUUAAUCUUUGCCUACUUGACCUCUGUCGUUAAUCUGGGCAUGUUGCUCCUUUUAAAUAGGUAGAAAAACAACUUAAAAAGUGAGAGGACAUACAGGACCACAAAAAACUGAAACCUUCAAGAAAGAAACAGAUUUCCUGGAGUGGUACUGCCUUAGGAGUGUGGGGAGUAGGGUACCCUGCCUCCUGUCACCCAGAGCACUGUGACUUACACCGGCCAAACUGAGCCUGGCUCCUGCCAGCAGGAGCUCAGGGCAA